GGAAAAUACUUGAGAUUUUCUAGCUAAAUUCGGACGAGAUUUUCAAAUAAGGAUGCUAUGGUAGCUGAUAGUGUUCUAAAUUGGGAACGAAAUCGUCGCCUUAUCAACCGUUGUACGAUAAAUACCCCAAAUUAGACAAACAUCGCUCUUCAAAUUCUAAAUCUAGCACUAUUGCUUCUCUCUUGCAUUCAAAAUAGGAAAAAACUCCGCCUCCUGGACAUGCGCAAUACGUGGGAAAACCAACCCGACUUUAUGAAUAAAAAUGGUACGGGAUGUUUUGAAGUUUAAAUCGAAUGAGUACUUACUUGUGAAAACACAUUAAAGAAAUCAGUGCAAACGGAUACUUUACUAUUUAAACGGACAGCAUGAUAUUCUAUAUAGCCACAGUGAUUUUUAUUAUUCUUGCCCUUUACAAAUACCUUGUCUACCAUUUCAACACAUUUGAAAGGCUUGGCAUUCCGGGACCCAAACCUACAUUUUUCCUCGGCAACCUCUUAGAAAUCCGAAACAAGGGACAGUUACAAGCUAUCAUUGACUGGAGAAAAGAAUAUGGAAGAAUCUUUGGGUAUUUUGAAGGAUACACACCAGUUCUUUCUGUCAGCGACCCUGAUUUGCUGAAAGACGUUUUGGUUAAAGAUUUUGAAAACUUCCAAUCAAGAAAGCCCUUCCCUUUGGCUCCAAGAAAAAGCCUCGGGUUGUUUUUGGAAAAUGGUCAUCAAUGGAAACGUAGUAGAACCUUGUUGACCCCAGCCUUUAGUGCUGGAAAACUCAAACAAAUGUUUGGAAUCAUGAACGAGUGCACAGACCACCUGUUGGAGAGCAUGAACAAAAAGGCAAAGAGCUGCAAGACACUCGACAUUUAUGACCUUUUCCAGUGUUUGACUUUGGAUGUCAUUGGUCGUUGCGCAUUUGGUUUGCGCACAAACGCGCAAGCAGACGACAAAGAUCCAUUUCUGAUCAAUGUGAGGAGUCUUUUUAGCCGACUAAGCAAAACCAUGAUUCUUCCUGCAGUCAUGCUCCUUCCUUUCUUGCAAUAUUUUGUGUUUGCAAUGAAGAAUAUUGUUGUAUUGUUUGGAAUGAACCCAGUUGUGUGGAUCAGAAUGAAAAUGAAAGAAAUCAUACAAAUCAGAAGGGAAAUGGGGGCAAAUGCCAGCACCUUUGAUCUGGUUCAGCAAAUGCUUUUUUCAAAAGUCAAAGAUGGAAGCAGUGCUUUCAGUGAGAGAGAAAUCGUGGCACAAAGUAUGACCUUCCUUUUGGCGGGGUACGAGACCACGAGCACGGUCCUAGCGUUCUUCAGUCACGUGCUGGCCCACAAUCAAAGCGUUCAGAAGAAGUUGUUUGAUGAAGUCGACUCUACUAUCGGCAAUACGGAGGUCAAUUAUGAAAAUGUGAAAGAACUUCCCUACUUCGACAUGGUAUUUGACGAAGUUUGCAGGCUUUACCCCACAGCUUCACUGAUUGUGACCAGACAAGCUAAGAACACAGCUACAUACAAUGGAAUUACCAUUCCUGCUGGAAUGAACAUUCAGGCCGAUGUCUGGAGUUUACACCAUGACGAGGAAUUUUGGGAGCAGCCUUCCGUUUUUAACCCAGACAGGUUCAGGAAAGAAAACAAGCAACAAAUCAAGUCUUUCUCCUUUCUUCCAUUUGGCGCCGGUCCGAGAAGUUGUAUUGGAUCUCGCUUCGCCAUGUUAGAGACCAAAGUCGCCAUGGUUCGAGUCCUGAAACAGUUUUCUUUCACACCCUGUGCUGGAUCUACAAAAGACAUUGAACUCGACUGCCGCGGUGCUAUCGUUCCCAAACAUGGAAUCAAUGUUCAAAUCGAGAGCAGAGACAAGUCCGCUAAAAUUUCCCGAUACAGCUGACCGGAAUUAGUAUCUAUGCAGAUAUUCGCAAAGAUGCCCAUUCUUUGCAUUAGAAGCUCUCAAGUGAAGGAAAUGCAACAAACGUGAAUUCUCCAUGGUUCGUGUUGGAAAGUUAAAAUAGGAGAAAAAAAAAACAAACAAACUGGCGAUAAGCUGUGAUAUUAAGAUAUCUGCCGUGGCUGGUGGCAAAUGCCUGGACAACUAGCAUUACUGUGAUAAAAUUGUGAUAAUUGUGACGCUUGGAAAUCCAUUUAUACAAUGCAUUUAUAAGUGUUUUAAUGUGUUAUUUAUAUAAUUAUAUUUUGAAUUAUGACUGUUUCAUUAAAAUAUC